AUGUUAAAAAUCGAGGGCGUGACAUUUGGAGACCAAAAGAGGGAGAGGCCCGUGACAAACUUCGAUGAGCUUACCUUCCACUUCGUCGAGUGUACACAUUUCCAAGUGCAAAAUUCCAGAACAAAGCAACGAGAUGCCACAACUCAGUCUCAUUCUAUGACUCCAUCUACAAACACAGCUUCGAGGGAUGGAUCAAAUGGAUAUCAGUCAACACCACCAAAUCAUUUCUCUGGGCAAUUUAGUGUAAAGGGACUGAAGGGAUUUGAUCAAAUGGUGCUUGAUAAUCUGCAGCAACCUUCGAACUUUGGACGGGAAAAAGGGGUACAUAGGGAUGAACUAUCCCAGAAGCUAAAACUUCCUAUGGGCAAGAUCAUUGAAUCUAUCAGAAUACUUGAAGAAGAAGGGUUGUUAUACAAACAAGACAUAUCAGGUCUAUAUCAAAACUUGUUCCCUUCAACGGGCAUGCAUUCGUGCUAUGCACGAAGGAGCACCUAGUGCUAUGUAACAACUCAGAGCAUCUUCCCAUUCCUCAAAAAUCAAGCCUAUACAUGGCUCUGGAGGACCCUUAUACAAAGAUGAUUUCAUAGGUUGAUCUUUUUCAUUUUCCGCAAAUUCGAAAUUCUCCAAACCUUCCAUUGAAUUAGUGUCUACAAAGGGCUCUUUCUCAAAAUCUGGAUUCUUGAAACCAUCUAUUGAAUUUUCCUCUGUAUAGUACACUUCUCUCAAAUUUCCUCCACUGGAUGUGUUUUCCAUAUCAAUUCUACAAUAUAAAUUAAAUGCACAUA